UAUCCUACCAUGGCUCGCUUCGAGGACGAGCCUUCCAGCCGGUAUGGGGGGGGUUGUCCCCCGGGGCUCGGCCGCGGAGGGGGUCGCCAGCCGGGCCCUCCGCCACCAGGGCCGCGGGUGUACAAGCAGUCCAUGGCACAGAGAGCCCGGACCAUGGCUAUAUACAACCCAAUCCCGGUGAAACAGAGCUUCCUCACCGUAAACCGCUCCCUUUUCAUCUUCAGUGAGGAUAAUUUCAUCCGAAAAUACGCCAAAAAGAUUACCGAGUGGCCUCCGUUUGAGUACAUGAUCCUGGCCACCAUCAUCGCUAACUGCAUCGUUCUGGCCCUGGAGCAGCACCUGCCUGCCUGUGACAAGACGCCCUUGUCAGAACGCCUGGAUGACACAGAGCCCUACUUUAUUGGAAUAUUUUGCUUCGAGGCGGGCAUCAAGAUCAUUGCUCUGGGCUUUGCCUUCCACAAAGGAUCCUACCUGAGGAACGGCUGGAACGUCAUGGACUUUGUGGUGGUGCUAACCGGGAUGCUGGCCACGGUUGGGGCCGACUUUGACCUUCGCACCCUGAGGGCCGUGAGGGUCCUACGGCCCCUGAAGCUGGUCUCUGGCAUCCCCAGUCUUCAGGUUGUCCUGAAGUCCAUCAUGAAGGCCAUGGUUCCUCUGCUCCAGAUCGGCAUGCUCCUCUUCUUUGCCAUCCUCAUGUUCGCCAUCAUCGGCCUGGACUUCUACAUGGGGAAGUUCCACCACACCUGUUUCCACAAAGACACUGGUGAACUGGCGGCAGACUUCCCAUGCGGCAUGGAGCCGCCGGCUCGGACGUGCCCAAACGGCACGGUGUGCCGGGAGUACUGGAUCGGACCCAACUACGGCAUCACCAACUUUGACAACAUCCUGUUUGCGGUGCUCACCGUGUUCCAGUGCAUCACCAUGGAGGGCUGGGUGGACAUCCUCUACAACGCCAACGAUGCCUCUGGGAACACGUGGAACUGGCUCUACUUCAUUCCACUCAUCAUCAUCGGGUCGUUCUUCAUGCUGAACCUGGUGCUGGGGGUCCUGUCUGGGGAGUUUGCCAAGGAGAGGGAGCGAGUGGAGAAGAGACAGGAGUUCCUAAAGCUGAGGAGACAGCAGCAGAUAGAGAGAGAGCUCACUGGCUACCUGGAGUGGAUCUGUAGAGCAGAGGAGGUGAUGCUGGCAGAAGAGGACAAGAACGCGGAGGAGAAGUCUCCGCUGGACGGGGCGUGGUACAAGAGGAAGCACAACAACUCAGGUCAGAGGUCAAAGGCCAAAGGACAAGGACAAUUGAACGGAAUGCUGAAGAGAGGGAAGAAGAGUAAGAAUGAGCUGAUCAACGCAGAGGAAGGGGAAGACCACUUCACUGACAUAUCUUCUGUUGCCCCCCCAGGGUCUCCGUUCGCGCGGGCCAGCCUGAAGAGCGCCAAGAUGGAGUCGUCGUCGUACUUCCGUCGGAAAGAGAAGCGUCUGCGCUUCACCAUCCGCAGGCUGGUCAAGGCCCAGAGCUUCUACUGGACCGUGCUGUGUCUGGUGGGCCUCAACACGCUGUGCGUGGCCAUCGUCCACUACGAGCAGCCCUACUGGCUCACCUACGCCCUGUACUUAGCAGAGUUUGUCUUCUUGGGGCUGUUCCUGACCGAGAUGUCCAUGAAGAUGUACGGCCUUGGCCCCCGCAGCUACUUCCACUCCUCCUUCAACUGCUUCGACUUCGGGGUGAUCAUCGGCAGUAUCUUCGAGGUCAUCUGGGCGGUUAUCAAACCUGGUGCGUCGUUUGGCAUCAGUGUCCUGAGGGCUCUGAGACUGCUGCGCAUAUUUAAGGUCACCAAGUACUGGAACUCUCUGAGGAACCUUGUGGUGUCCCUGUUGAACUCGAUGAAGUCCAUCAUCAGUCUGCUCUUCCUUCUCUUCCUCUUCAUCGUGGUCUUCGCGCUCUUGGGAAUGCAGCUGUUUGGAGGACAGUUUAAUUUUGAUGACGAAACACCGACCACGAAUUUCGACACCUUCCCGGCGGCAAUCCUAACUGUGUUUCAGAUCCUGACGGGUGAGGACUGGAAUGCAGUGAUGUAUCAUGGGAUCAAGUCCCACGGGGGCGUCCACAGAGGGAUGUUCUCCUCCAUCUAUUUCAUCAUUCUCACCCUUUUCGGAAACUAUACUCUCCUCAACGUCUUCCUCGCAAUCGCUGUCGAUAACCUUGCAAACGCCCAGGAGCUAACCAAGGAUGAGGAGGAGCAGGAGGAGGCGAUCAGUAAGAAGCUGCUCCUGCAGAAAGCCAAGGAGGUGCAGGAGGUCAGCCCGAUGUCUGCCGCCAACAUCUCCAUCACGGCUUUUGUAACGCACAGUCGAGGUGCGCUCUCUCGCAGCCCAUCCGUCUGCAGCGUAAACUCACUUAAGGAGCAGCAGAAGUCCCUGCGGCUGAAGUCGGUGUGGGACAAGCGGGUGGAGGAGCUGCGGCGACACAACCGGGCCAGCUGCGAGGCGCUGUACAACGAGCUGGAGCCGGAGGACCGCCUGCGCAUCUCCGCCGCGCUCAACCUGCAGCCCAACACGAAGACCCACCUGGACCGCCCCCUGGUGGUGGAGGCCGGCGGCGACGGGGACGACGCCGCCGCGCCCGCCGCAGGUCAUUCCGGUAACGCCCCCAUCCACACCAACGGGGAGCAGACCACCGACGGCUCCGUCCCCGACGCCCCGAGGACGACGGCGGCGGCGGCGAGCCAGCCGGGCCGGCGCCACCACCGCCACCGGGAGCGGGACAGGGAGCAGCCCAACGAGAACGGGGACGUGUCCCGGGAGGGGGGCUACCACGUGCACCACAGCCGCGCCAAAGAGCACAACGGGUGCCGGGGGAAGGAGGGCAAGAGCGACAGCAGGUCCCGGAGCAGAGAGGGGGGCUGGCGGCGACACCACCUCCCCCAGCAGCAGAGCUCAGUGGACGAAGGAGGGGGUGGAGGAGACGUGAACGGCACGCUGCUCAGCGCCGGUGUUGGCGAGGGAGGGGGCGGAGGAGGAGGAAGGGGGGAGCGGCGGUCGCACCACAAGGAGGGCCGAGGUUCCUCCAACCGGGACGGGGAAAGGGGUUCCCGGGGCGAGUGCAGGACCAACGGGGAGAGGAGGAGACGGCGUGGGCACGGGGUCAAAGGUCACACCGGCGCCUCAGAGGGUGAGGAGGCGGCAGAGCACGACCAGACCAACGGGAACAGGUUUGGUGAGUCUGAGGGGGACUCCCUGGCUGUUUCCCCCCAGCAGGUCCCUGGGGUCCCCAGCUGGCCUAGCGACGGCUUGGAGGACUCUGACAACCAGAGGAACGUGAGACGCACUGGGCAGGGCUCCACCUACCUACCCCCAGUGACCAUCACCUCCCCGCCCGGCGACUCCACCCUGAUACCCAUGAACAGUAUCGACAGUGAGACGGCGCCGAUGAAUGAGAAGACACUGGAGGACCUGGAACAAAGCAGGACCAGACCCAUCCUGCCCUACAGCUCCAUGUUCAUCUUCAGCCAGACCAACCCAGUGAGGCGUUUGUGCCACUACAUCGUGACCAUGCGCUACUUUGAGAUGUCCAUCCUGGUCGUCAUAACGAUGAGUAGCAUCGCGUUAGCCGCGGAGGACCCUGUCAAUGCUCACGCCACUCGCAACAACGUGCUUAAGUAUUUGGACUACGCCUUCACGGGCGUCUUCACCUUCGAGCUGGUGAUCAAGAUGGUAGAUCUAGGUAUCCUGCUGCACCCUGGGGCGUACUUCAGGGACCUGUGGAAUAUCCUGGACUUCGUCGUGGUCAGUGGGGCGCUGGUGGCUUUCGCUUUCUCGAGCUUCAUGGGAUCGCAGCACAGUGUGACCAGAGGGACCAAAGGGAAAGACAUCAGCACCAUCAAGUCCCUCAGAGUUCUCAGAGUCCUUCGCCCUCUGAAGACCAUCAAGCGCCUCCCCAAACUCAAGGCGGUGUUUGACUGCGUGGUGAACUCUCUGAAGAACGUGCUGAACAUCCUCAUCGUCUACAUGCUCUUCAUGUUCAUCUUCGCCGUCAUCGCCGUGCAGCUGUUCAAGGGCAAGUUCUUCUACUGCACCGACGAGUCCAAGGGCCUGGAGAAGGACUGCAGAGGUCAGUUCCUGGACUACGAUAAGGACGAGGUGGCCUCCAUGCCGAGGGAGUGGAAGAAGUACGAGUUCCACUACGACAACGUGCUGUGGGCCUUCCUCACCCUCUUCACCGUGUCCACCGGAGAGGGCUGGCCAACGGUCCUGAAGCACUCUGUGGACGCCACGUUUGAGGACCAGGGUCCGAGCCCGGGCUACCGGAUAGAGGUCUCCAUCUUUUACGUGGUGUACUUUGUCGUCUUCCCCUUCUUCUUCGUCAACAUCUUCGUGGCCCUCAUCAUCAUCACCUUUCAGGAGCAGGGAGACAAGGCGAUGUCUGAGUGCAGCCUGGAGAAGAAUGAGAGGGCCUGCAUCGACUUUGCCAUCAACGCCAAGCCGCUGACGCGCUACAUGCCCCAGAACACGCACUCCUUCCAGUACCGCAUGUGGAAGUUUGUGGUGUCGCCGCCGUUCGAGUACUCCAUCAUGAUCAUGAUCGCCCUGAACACCGUGGUGCUCAUGAUGAAGUUCCAUGGAGCUCCUCCGUUCUACGAGGCCAUGCUGAAGAACCUCAACAUCGUCUUCACCGCCCUCUUCUCAAUGGAAUGUAUCCUCAAAAUCAUCGCCUUCGGCCCAUUGAACUACCUGAAGGACGCCUGGAACAUUUUCGACUUUGUGACGGUCCUUGGCAGCAUCACAGACAUCCUGGUCACAGAAAUCAACACCACGGAUCGGCUGUUGAACCUGAGCUUCCUGCGGUUGUUCCGGGCGGCUCGGCUCAUCAAGCUGCUGAGACAGGGUUACACCAUCAGGAUCCUGCUGUGGACCUUUGUCCAGUCCUUCAAGGCGCUGCCCUACGUAUGUCUGCUGAUCGCCAUGCUCUUCUUCAUCUACGCCAUCAUCGGCAUGCAGGUGUUCGGGAACAUUGAUCUCAACGAGGACACGGCCAUAAAUCACCACAAUAACUUCCGCACCUUCCUGCAAGCCCUCAUGCUGCUGUUCAGGAGCGCCACGGGAGAGGCCUGGCAUGAGAUCAUGCUGUCGUGUCUGAGUCGGCGGGCGUGUGACCCGGGGUCAGGGAACAUAGCCAAGGAGUGUGGCAGCGACUUCGCCUACUUCUACUUUGUCUCCUUCAUCUUCCUCUGCUCCUUCCUGAUGCUGAACCUGUUUGUGGCGGUCAUCAUGGACAACUUUGAGUACCUGACCAGAGACUCGUCUAAAAAAAAAAAAAAAAACAACAUCCUGGGACCGUGCAAUCACCUGGACGAGUUUAUCAGGGUUUGGGCCGAGUACGACCCCGCUGCCUGUGGGCGUAUCAAGUACCUUGAUAUGUAUCAGAUGCUGCUCCACAUGUCCCCGCCCUUAGGUUUGGGAAAGAAAUGCCCGCCAAGAGUCGCGUACAAGCGCCUGGUGAAGAUGAACAUGCCCAUCGCUGACGACAACACAGUGCACUUCACCUCCACGCUGAUGGCGCUGAUCCGCACCGCCUUGGAGAUCAAGCUUUCCUCAGGCAUGGUGGCCCAGCGUAUGAGUGAUGCAGAGCUGAAGAAGGAGCUCUCCACCGUUUGGUCCAGCCUGUCCCAUAAGACAAUGGAUCUGCUGGUCACUCCUCACAAACCCAAUGAGCUGAGUGGGAAGGUGUACGCAGCUCUGAUGAUCUUUGACUACUACAAGCAGAACCGAGCGCGUCGGCAACAGCAGCUACUGCAGAAUACCACUGGCUCGAGCAAGGUGGGGUCUCUGUUUAAGCCCCUGCUGCCUCUGACUCACCUGCAGGAGAAGAACCUGCCCAUGAUGCUCGACAGCGUGGAUCCCCCAAGCAUGCUCCUUCAGACCCAGGCACGGGGCUCCGCCCCCCCCUCCACCUCCAGGCCAAACGCCCUGGAGGUCAACGCCCAGGAGUCUUCCUCCUGGUUGCCAGAGAGGACGAAGGACGCUCCCCGGGGGAGGGGUAAACGCAAGCUCUCCAAGGGCCAAUCAGACGACACGCCGGACGCCGCCCCUCAGGAGUCGGUGGAGCUGAUGAAGAUAGAUUCUAGUGCCAUCAGUAAAGGGGCAGGGACACCUGGCUCCGGGCUGCAGAGCCAGGGCAGAGCCGUGUCCAUGCCCCGACUCAAUACUGAACUACAGCGGCAUCACUCAGAACUUUCACCUGGUUACCUGCGACAGCCCGUUCCUGACAACAGCCCGAUGAGACGCUCCGUCUCCACAGUGGCGCCACAGCGCCUCCCAGAGGUCAAUCUGCGUGAGUUCACCCUGGAGAAGCCCAGCCAGGAGCGGAGCCACCACCACCACCACCAUCACCACCGCUGCCACCACCGCCGGGAGAGGGACCGGGAGCGGGGAGAGAAGAAGCAGAGGUCCCUGGACAGAUCGCUGGGCGGACAACCAUGUAGCUCAGGAGGUAAAACGGCGUUGCUAGCCAGCUCCUCCUCCUCCAGGGACAAGGCCCACGAGCGCGGCCGCUCCCACGACCGGAAGCACCGCCACGCCCCCGGGGAGAAGCAGCGCUACUACUCCUGUGACCGUUACUGCAGCCGCGACCACUGCCACGCCAAGUCUGCCAACGCCAGCUGCGCCACGUCGCCCAGCGAGAUGCACGACGCCGGCUUCAGCAAGCAGGGCAGCGGUUGGGUUAGGGGCAGCCUGGCCACCCUCAGCUCCACCUCCAGCACGCCCAGCCGCGGCCGGCGGCAGCUGCCCCAGACCCCCCCCAUUCCCCGGCCCAGCGUGGCCUACAAGACAGCCAACUCGUCCCCGGUGCAGCCCGCGUCCGACCCCCACUCGGUCAGCCCGGGCCGGCUGAGCCGCGGCCUCUCGGAGCACCGCGCCCUGCGCCACAGCGUCUCCUCCUACCGCCACGUCCCCUGUCCGGUCACACGCAUCAGCUCGGAGCCCUUCCUGGGCCAGGGAUACGGCUACGAGCCCCUUCCCUGCAGUAGCCUCCAGGACGGGUCCUCGCUGUCCCCCGGCUCCCAGCCCCCGGGGCCCUCCCCUGGGGCCGGACCACCUGAUUACGCCGGGCCCUCGUCAUCCCCGCGGUACAGUCGAAGGGGCCCCAACGGAUACCACUUUAGCUUCCCCAGCAGUGGGGGGCCCCGGGCCCCCAGGUAUUACCAGGAGGUGGAGGAGGACGAGUGGUGCUAG